AUGGACACAAAGGAGCGCCGGCACCGCUCCCUGACCCGGGGCCGCUGCAGGAAGGACUUCCACCAUGCAACGGAGUCCCUGGAGCCCGAGGAGUGCCGCGUGGCCACCCAGAAGUCCUACAGCUCCAGCGAGACGCUCAAGGCCUACGACCACGGCACGCGCCUACGCUACGGGGGCUGUGUGGCAGAGCUGGUGCAUCACGAACACGAGGAGUACGUCCGCCAAGGUGAACUCUACGUUUCUGUCUCUGUUUCCACUGACCAGGGAUGUUUUUCAAUACAUUCUCUUAGUUUCACAAGAUUUCACAGUCUUCAUUUUAGUCCUGUCCGCAGCGUCUUGAUCAUGUUUUACUAAAGAUAACCUCCCACGGUCUCUGUCAUGAUGUGGGUCAUACCUUCAUACUAGAGCUGGGCAAUAUGGACAACAAUCCAUAUCACAAGAAAUUGCCUGAAUUAAUGCGAUGACGAUAAACAGAACGAUAAGUUUAUAACAAUGUGCGCCACAGUUUUUUAAAUGAUCCUUUAAACUACUACUACUAGUUUGAUGGUUGUAGCCAUCAAUUGUCCCAUUAACAAUCACCCAUAUUUGCACACUUAUUUCAUUUCAUGUACUACUUAUCGUAAUGAACGAUAUCAGUAAAAUGCCUGCGAUAAGUGGUCGGUGUCAAUAAUUUUUGGUUUAUCGUCCCAGCUCUACUUCAUACCAUUCCUAUACCAUACCAGGUAUACAGGAUUACCGGCAGUGCACACAAGGGGCGCGCAAAACAAAUGUAGGCAGCAGGGAUCUUGAUCCAGGAAGGGAUUGAUUGUCUCUGCUGUAACCAAGAAGCUUGCUCUUGCAAGCUAGCCACUUAGCUAGCGAGUUAGCAAACCAAAUACAUAGCUGGAGCCCUGAGCUGGAUAAUUUAUUUUGGCACAUCUUAGAGAGGUGACGUAUAUUUCUAAUCAGUGGAUGGGCAUAUGACAUUUUUUUACUGUUCGAGUACUCGCAUGAUUUUUUUUAGAGUACUCGAAUGAAAAAUAAAAAGCACAACAAGGCCCACACUGGAAAAAAAUAUGUGUGCAUUUAUCUAUAUGUCAACAGAUCGCAACAAUGCCUAAUUUAUCAUAACCAUUACAGAUAACAAAUCCUAAUUGCUAAAUUGCCCCAUAUAUAUAUAUUCAGUCAAUAAAAAAGCAAGUGCCAUUUAAGAUUCAUUUAUUGAAACCGUAAUAUCAACUGGUUAUAUUAUAUUGUGGAACACAAUCUUCAAAAAGGUAGUAACCACAGCAGUGGCGCUUGCUUGGCUGUGCAAUGGCAUAGCCUUGUUUUGGUAAUUUAGCAGACAAGACACUCUUAUUUCCAGAACCCUUAUCACAGUCAAGACACACCUAUUUUAUAGUUUAAAAAAACAUGAUGUAAUAUAAUAGAAUGAAAUACAACAGAAUAGUUUUCCAAAUGAAAAACGUUGCUAGUGCAGAGUGAUGUGCAUCUCAUGGCUGGAACAGUUAUUCUCAAAAAUAGAUUUUUUGAAACAGGGCUCGAUUUAGCGAGUUGAAAGAAAAAAAAUUCAGGGUUACAAACCAAAAUCAGUGUUAUUUUCGAUAUACAGACGUUCGAUUUAGUUUGAUCUGUUCUUUGAAAUUUUCAAAAUGGAUGAACAAUUCCACAUUGAACAUGGCAUGGUAAUGAAUUACAGCCAUGACAUCUGUUUGGUGUAAUAUGCCUACUCACCAAACAGAUGUCAUGGCUGUUAUUCAUUGCCAUUACCAUAUUACCAUAUUAUGCUUAAUGAUUCUGAUGAAAAUACGCUCUUUGUCUUUAUCAAACUAAUGUUUUUGCAUAUUUUCAGUGUGGAACCUGUCUAUGUUUAGGGGGUUAUAGCCGAGGCUAACCAAUUCUAAAUGGCACUAGCAGUUCGCAAAGUAGCUUAAGCAGAAAAUAGAUAGGAUGCAAUUAUUCCAAAACUGCAGCUCAUUGUUGGAACACAUAUUUUUCUACUACAAUCAAGAAGUCCAUUUUACAUUUGGGAUAAAACUGUCGUCAUUUGGCAAGGAAUGUAGGUUGUGUAUCCCAUCAGAUAGAUACGUUUUUAUAGGAAUUUAAUUCUGUAGGACUAACGGGAGCUUGUGUGUGCACUCAGCAUGCGUGUGUGGAGGGAGUGGUCGGAACGCAAUUGAUUGAAUGAGACAUGGAGCGGAAAGGGAAUUUAGGGAGAAGAACAGUGUGAUGCUUGGCUUGGGGUCUUUUUUGUUGUGCCUCGCAAAUGCACAUGUACAAAUUGAACACUAGAGUCAAAGCAAAUUAACGUUGUCUUCAAGACAAAAUGUCACUUGCCCGUUCGGGCAGCCACAAAGCACAUUACACCAAAUAGUUUUAAAGUAUUUGAAAAAAUUAAAAUCUGUUAAAGAUCGAGCUUUGACAUCCGUUCGAGUACUCGAGUACUCAUGCCCAUCCCUACCUCAAACCAAUACAGUUUUUGGGGGACGGUUUUGAAAAUCAUACCGUCGGUAUUUCAAAAUACCCUGGUAUACAGUAUACCACCCAAGCCUAUACGUCUCUCUUUCCAAUCACCUGCACGUCACGCUCUCCAAACCCCAGACUCACCUGGUCAUCUGUGGCGCUAUAGGAUUUCACUCUACACAAGGAUGUUGUUUUCUAUGGAAAAUGGAAGAGAUUAAGGGGAGUUUUGGGUUAUUUUCAGUAAAAAGCGCCUCUCCAAUCUCACUUUCCUGGUCCACAGAGUGUGGAUUAUUCAUUCUUCCUUCACGGGGUUGGACAAGCAAUGACCCUUAACUCUCUCAGAAUAUUCAGUAGCUAACUGCACCCUUUCUCAUUCAAUUUCACAGGAUACUAAAUCCAUGCGAAAACAAUUGCAAAAAAGGCUUUUAACAUUCCUGUCAGUUUGUCAAUUUAAAAACGGGGUGACAGAUGUGCUGCUUAGUUUGGAUCCAGACUAAAGCCCAUCAAUAUUAAUUUGAGGAUGAAACCGUGAUGAGUGACAGGUUGGGCCCGCUCCUACAUUGUAUUUGUCUACAAAACGUUAUUGUAUGCACAAUGCUGUAGCUCUCACGUUGAUUAAUUUGAUCAAACACAUCUCUGUUGGGCUCAUGAAAACACACAGUCAGAUGGUGGCCAGGCGUAUUAGUGUCUGGGAGGAGAGAUAAGCUACAUCAUUCACAGGCUGGGCUGCUCCUGGCCCGGACACUCAGCGGGGAGGAAUUCCUAAUAGAAUGGAAAGCUGCUGGCUCCCUGCACCGACAAAGUUUACAUCUAGAAAGUCAUUGAAACAUAGCAUAGACAAACCCUGUUGGUCAAAGUCAUGGGAAUUCAUAUCUAAACCUUGUUUAAAAUGAAGGAAACAUUUGAAUAUCAUUCUACUUUAGUCAAAUGGAUAACAAAGGUCAUUCCCCAAUCAAAGACAGUCAGUCGCAUAGCGGUGUCCUAACACUUGUCUGUAAUCGUUCAGUAUUGUUUGUGGAAAUAAUCAAUUGUAUACAGUAUAUGCCGUUUAGCAGACGCUUUUAUCCAAAGUGACGUAAAGUCAAUAGUGCAUACAUUUUACGUAUGGUGGUCCGGGGAAUCAAACCCACUAUCCUGUGGUUUUCAGCCCUCUCAUGACACACAGACUCCGUGGCAUACACACUGCUUCCUUUAGAUGGAUUUUGUUAUAAAUAAGUAGCACUAACUAAAGUAAAUCUGGUAAUUUCAGAAACUUUUCCUGUGGUAGGGAAUUGCCGUUCAAAGCAGAAGGCAGACACUUCCAGGUGCUACAUAGAAGUUCUAUCUCUAUUUGUUAUUAAUCUUUAACAUGAAAGAUGUAUUGUGACUUGUACUGAGUUCACUACUAUUGUAUGACCUAGGUUAUGCUAUUGCCUUACACAGUACAGUAAUUCAAUGGGUGCAGGUUUUAUUAUGACAUUUUUAUUUGACGUUUUCACUUUGUAGUUAUAGUGACACAUUCUAAGCGGUUGCCUGUGGUUCUGAGAUGGGUUUGCUGUGGAAUUAACUGCUAAGGCCUCACACAGAACUGCAUUACUCUCUCUCUCUAUAGCAUUGUUCAGUGUGCCCUGGGAGAUGAGCUCAGGUAGAUAUCAACGGAAGAACAAAGACAGAUGUCAUGCAGGAAGGAGUGUCUGGGUUGAAUAUGCAGCUCUGGAGAAACCUGCUGAGGAUACUAAACAGUAUGCCUACCUCACCCAGAGCUAUGGCUCACCUUGUCCUCACCUCACUCUCACUCAAACAUCACACAGCACUUUCCUCCAUGGAUAGACUUUACCAUGGAGAGCAGGUGUCACCUGACGAAUAUGAGAAUUGAGGGCAAGAGAGAGAGAGAGCGCGCGGAAGACAGAAAAGAGACAGAAUGCACCAGAACUUUAACACAACUGCUUGAGAUGGACUUCGUGAAGUUUCUGCUACCAUCUGAUCCAAUUUCUUGCAAAAGGGACACGUGCUUGUUCUCACCCUCCACCUUCUGUUCCCUCUAUUCUCCUAUUCCCUGGCAGGUGAUGUGUCAUUAGUCACCGAGAUAAAUGAGGACAUAAAACUGUCCGUGUGUACAGCUUCAACACUGCAGUCAGGGUUCAGAUGUGUGUGUGGGCCUGUGUCAGCCACAGCCAUAUGGUGGGGGAUAUCAGGUAGAGCAGGGUAGGCUCGUAAUGACCCUGGGCUGAUGAGAAUGCACGCCGUCUCAGCCGCGGAGAGCCGAGCCAACCUCUCCAUUAAGAGCAGUUUGGCUCCACGCAACAUCUGAUGUCAUGCACUUCUGCUCCCCGGUUCAACCAUUACCAAACACGGUUCAACCAUUACCAAACACGGCUCUACCCCAAACACAGCGCCAAUGUCGUUUGUUCUCAUUUGCCCGCAUUAUUUGUUCUGGGCCUUAAUCUUUGUGUGUGCAUGUGCCCUUCAUGUUCCAGUGGAAUCCUGAACAUAAUUUAAACAUGUCAGAAUAAAGCCUUAUGUUAAAAGCCAUAAAUACAGGCCUAAAUAGACAUAGUAUGCACAGUAUUGAUUAUUUGGUUAUGGUAGAAUGCAAUAUUGAGGGAUGUAGACAACAAAAUAUAAUCUUGAUACAGAAAUAGAGCUGGGACAGACUUGAGAGAGAACGGGCGGAAGAUACAGCCAUUACCAUUGUGUGAAUCCAUAGUGACGUGUGCGACUGCUUGUAGACGAGUUGUCAUAAACAGAGAUGAUAGAUCAUUUCCAUUGUCAAGGGGAGCGUUUGUCCUUUGGCUUAAGGAGCUGUGUGUGCGGGCUGCGCAGACUAAGAUUGGGAUGUAAUAUUGAUGGGUUUGUGGCUGCUGGUGUGCUGUCUUUGUCUGGGAGAGACUACUGGAAUAUGAAUGAGCCUUUAGGAAGAGGAGGAUUGGGUCUGGGGCCAAACAACAUGAGUGUGAGGAGAUGGCGAGUGGUGCGGCGCGCCAGGACAGGUUUCCCAGAAUACCAGAUCAUAGCCAUGCCACUGUGAUCUGAAGAAACAGCAGGAGACAUACAGGGCUGUCUAUUUGUUCCUGUCUUUCAGUGGGUUUCUUUCUGCCUGUAUAUUCACCUCAAAGGCUGUUUUGUGUGCAUUGUGUAGGUGCAGUGGGCCUAGAGUAUGUGGACUGAUAACGAGAUUGGCUGCCCGUUGAUUAAUUUCAAUGCUCAUAGUAAUAGGAGCACACAGGAAUAGCAGGGGAUGAGAUGGUGAGAUGACAUUUGUAGGUCAGUGCGAGGGCUUAGUGUGAGAGGGCACAGUUUGGUUUUACUACUGUAGCCCUCAGAGGCUGUGCGGCGCUAGUUUGUUAAUUCCAUUAGUUGCGUCACAAUAUACUCUCUGCUCUAAUGCACAGAUUGUAAGUCAGCUCAAUCGACACCAUUUAUUCUGUCCUUUCUCCCUCUUUUUAACAAUUUGAAUACAAAUCUGAGAAAGCAACUACUUUUCUGAAACUAUUGGAUUGGCUGACUUCAACUAAUGGCAGGGCUGUAUCUGGAACGGCAUGUUGAAUAUAGAAAUAAAAUGAAUAGAGCACACACAAUCACCUAUACUAUUCCAAUCUAUCUGACAAUCAUAUUUGAUCUACACAUUACAUUUAUAUCUGAACAUUUAGUAAAUGCCAGUAGACAGUAGAUUCAUCUUGCUAGCUAAGAUUUUGAAAGUAUAAUGUUGACAUGAUCAGUCCAAUCAAAGCUAAGGUAAUUAUAAUGUGAUUUGAUGUAAUUUUAUCUGUGGCCAAUGACCUUGUGCCUUCUUGGAUGGGCACAUCUUUUUUUUGUGGUAUUUUUUACCCCUUUUUCUCCCCAAGUUCGUGAUAACCAAUUGGUAGUUGCAGUCUUGUCCCAUCGCUGCAACUCCCGUACGGACUCGGGAGAGGCGAAAGUGGAGAGCCAUGCGUCCUCCGAAACACGACCCUGCCAAACUGCUCGCUUAACCCGGAAGUCAGCAGCAGCAAUGUGUCAGAGGAAACACCGUCCAUCUGGCGACUGUGUCAGCGUGCAUGCGCCUGGCCCGCCACAGGAGUCGCUAGAGCACGAUGGGACAAGGACAUCCCGGCUGGUCAAACCCUCCCCAAGCCCGGACGACGCUGGGCCAAUUGUGCGCCGCCUCUUGGGUGUCCCGGGAUCGAACCCGGAUCUGUAGUGACGCCUCUAGCACUGCAAUGCAGUGCCUUAGACCACUGCGCCACUCGGGAGGCUUGGAUGGGCACUUAUAAUGUAAAUCUAUUGCAUCACCCAAGGGGCUUUAACUUUCUAGCUCUCCCUGUAGAUUUUGCGGUGACGUAGUGUCCCCAUUAAUGACAGAACACUGAGCCAAUCAUGGCGCAACUAGAGAACAUUACCAACCCCUACGCUCUGUAUUUUCCGCUGGCUGACCCUCCACCACAUAAAGCACUGAGCUAGGCUAAAACACCUGCAUUUUGGAGCUGCCUUACUCAAAGCAUAAAAGAGACCAUGUUUAUAUGCAGCUUUAUUAACUAAAAGAUUCUUUUUUUACAUUGUUUGCAAACUGAUAUGUGACACCCACCUGCCCUGAAUGACGGGUCGCCACUGGUGCAUUUAAGUUUCCAUGUAGCUUUGUGACUGAGCAUGCCAGAAUAACUAGGAAGGCCAGUAUGACUGAGCAGGCCAGCCUGUGUCUCCACAGUAUUACCAAGGCCUCUUCCUCUGAGCAAUCCUCUCUGGCUGCUUCUGCCUAACUUAUGGCCAUGCUGCAGGGAUAUGGUUAUCUGUUGAAGUACAGCGUCAACAGAGGACUUGGCCUCAGGACACUGCAGCCAUGGGUCGUUACGUCCUCCCCUUCCUCCCAUCCUGGCUCCACUAGCCUUGUAGUGUGGUGUUGUCUCCAACCCCAUCCAGGAUUUAGAACAAGGAUAAGAAUUGUCCUGUCCUCCUCCAGAUCUCCGAUUUGAGCUAGCCUCAGUGGUACACCAGUGGUAUAGAGGUGUACGGUGUAGGGCUGACCCCAAUUAGUCAACUGGUCGAUUGUUUGGUCAAUAGGCUUUUGGUCGACCAAGUUGUUUUUAGUUGAGCAGUAGCAAAUAUAUAUAUAUAUAUAUAUAUAUAUAUAUAUAUAUAUAUAUAUAUAUAUAUAUAUAUAUAUAUAUGCACCCAUCUCAGUGAAUUAAUCCCUUGCGGAGGCCUAGACUAAGAGCCAAUUUAUGCUUGAUACGAAAAUGUGGUCGGAGGCUCCAUAUGGAGGGUGUGACACAAUUACUGAGCCUCGGAGGCAUGCAGAGACCAAAUCGAGCUCCGUACUGCAUCUCCAUGCACCUCCCAAAUGUUGUAGCAAUGCAGAGGGCUCGGUUGAUGGUAGGUAGGGGCGGUACAUCCUGUAUAAACACAAACUCACUUCCUUGACAACUUCCUUCACAACAGCUCUGCACUGCUCUGCGAAGCGCAAGAAGUAUGAAUGCCCUGACUUCUGCAGAGGCGUAUCACCGUAAAUGCUGCACGGCCAAUGCAGACGUUGGAUUGACCAUGCAGCGCCCAGAUGCACAAUGCACUUCUCGCUCCAGAAUGUGAUCUCUCCCGCCAAUUUGUGCACAUACAUUUUUCAUAACUUAAUUGUGUGAAUUGUUUGCGUUUGAUUGUUAGUGUAUAUAUCAUUUCCCCAUUACAUACUGUAUAUCACCAGUAGUACAUUUCCCAUUAAUUCCUAUAAUUAUUAAUCUACAAUGUUUGUUUGGUUAUGGUAAUUUCUGUUAAUGCAUUAAAUAUAUUAUUAUUUCAGUCUUACUGUUCGGAGUGGACACAUUGUUUUCAGAGCGCACAACCUAUGCUAUACUUGUGAGAAACAAGUUUUAGUUUACAGUAUUUCAUUCCAUUUACGAGUUUUGUCAAUUCAAUUUAGUCAUUGUCUUUUGUUUGAAGCGCUACUGUCAAUGUUGAGUAAGGAUGCGCACCUGAUUACGCAUAGAAGUAUAUAGGCCAAUAGGCUACCUGGCCUAAGUGGAAAUGUAGGCAUAUACAGUGGCUUGCGAGAGUAUUCACUCCCCUUGGAAUUUUUCCUAUUUUGUUGCCUUACAACCUGGAAUUAAAAUAGAUUUUUGGGGGGUUUGUAUCAUUUCAUUUACACAACAUGCCUACUACUUUGAAGAUGCAAAAUAUUUUUUUGUGUGAAACAAACAAGAAAUAAGACAAAAAAACUGAGAACUUGAGCGUGCGUAACUAUUCACCCACCCAAAGUCAAUACUUUGUAUAGCCACCUUUUGCAGCAAUUACAGCUACAAGUCUCUUGGGGUAUGUCUCUAUAAGCUUGGCACAUCUAGCCACUGGGAUUUUUGCCCAUUCUUCAAGGCAAAACUGCUCCAGCUCCUUCAAGUUGGAUGGGUUCUGCUGGUGUACAACAAUCUUUAAGUCAUACCACAGAUUCUCAGUUGGAUUGAGGUCUGGGCUUUGACUAGGCCAUUCCAAGACAUUUAAAUGUUUCCCCUUAAACCACUCGAGUGUUGCUUUAGCAGUAUGCUUAGGGUCAUUGUCCUGCUGGAAGGUGAACCUCCGUCCCAGUCUCAAAUCUCUGGAAGACUGAAACAGGUUUCUUUCAAGAAUUUCCCUGUAUUUAGUGCCAUCCAUCAUUCCUUCAAUUCUGACCAGUUUCCCAGUCCCUGCCAAUGAAAAACAUCCCCACAGUAUGAUGCUGCCACCACCAUGCUUCACUGUGGGGAUGGUGUUCUCGGGGUGAUGAGAUGUGUUGGGUUUGCGCCAGACAUAGCGUUUUCCUUGAUGGCCAAAAAGCUCAAUUUUAGUCUCAUCUGACCAGAGUACCUUCUUCCAUAUGUUUGGGGAGUCUCCCACAUGGCUUUUGGCGAACACCAAACAUGUUUGCUUAUUUUUUUCUUUAAGCAUGGCUUUUUUCUGGCCACUCUUCCGUAAAGUCCAGCUCUGUGGAGUGUACGGCUUAAAGUGGUCCUAUGGAAAGAUACUCCAAUCUCCGCUGUGGAGCUUUGCAGCUCCUUCAGGGUUAUCUUUGGUCUCUUUGUUGCCUCUCUGAUUAAUGCCCUCCUUGCCUGGUCCGUGAGUUUUUGUGGGCGGCCCUCUCUUGGCAGGUUUGUUGUGGUGCCAUAUUCUUUCUAUUUUUGUAUAAUGUAUUUAAUGGUGCUCCGUGGGAUGUUCAAAGUUUCGGAUAUUUUUUUAUAACCCAACCCUGAUCUGUACUUCUCCACAACUUUGUCCCUGACCUGUUUGGAGACCUCCUUGGUCUUCAUGGUGCUGGUUGCUUGGUGGUGCCCCUUGCUUAGUGGUGUUGCAGACUCUGGGGCCUUUCAGAACAGGUGUAUAUAUACUGAGAUCAUGUGACAGAUCAUGUGAUGCUUUGAUUGCACACAGGUGGACUUUAUUUAACUAAUUAUGUGACUUCUGAAGGUAAUUGGUUGCACCAGAUCUUAUUUAGGGGCUUCAUAGCAAAGGGGUUGAAUACAUAUGCACUCACCACUUUUCCGUUAUUUUUUUAAUUUCACUUCACCAAAUUCGACUAUUUUGUGUAUGUCCAUUACAUGAAAUCCAAAUAAAAAUCAAUUUAAAUUACAGGUUGUAAUGCAACGAAAUAGGAAAAACACCAAGGGGGAUGAAUACUUUUGCAAGGCACUGUAAAUAUGCCCAUUUGGGGAUCUGACAGUAUUUCUGAUUGGCUUAACGCACCACCACUAAUGAGCUGUGGAUCUUCUCAAGGUAAUGUUUUCUUCACCUCAAACAGCAAGCAAACGAAUCUGUUGAGAAUGACAACAGUUCCUCAAUGUAUUUGAAAAAUCUUUCCAGCUCUCUACCUUUCAAUAACCACUCAGCAUGAAAGGGAAAAAUGUCAUGCUCUGAUCCAGUGGAAACGUCAUAAAAUAAGCCUACCUGAUUACUUCUUAUCAGUGCUUUACUUAGACUGAAAUAGGUUCCGGUACUCAAUCUGGGUGCUGGUACUGUUUAUAUUGAGGUGCAGGAGCACCACAAUACUUUUGAGCUAAUAUUCUUUAAGAGGAACAGGAGCUCAAGCAGUAGAACAUUUGAGGUGUCAGUACUCAGCUCCGGUGAGCUCCUGCUCAAGUCAAGCACUGCUUCUUAUCCCUUGCACAAAUAGUCUACAGCUGUGUCUGUCCCGAGCUCACUGGAACUGGAAACUCGGUGUGCCCAGAAUAUUUUAUACAAUGUUGCAAGUUCGCUAGCUCAAGCUUUCUUCGGCCAGACCCCAAGUUAAUAGUUGAUACAAUGUUUCAAGUUCGUUGCAGACAGGCCAUGCAUCGCCAAUAUGAUUUAUAGGAUAUAUAUUUUUUUAUCAGGAUAUUUUCUGAUAAUGUUUUUAUCGGCAAUGUUUUUAUUUGUUGGCUUUAUGUAGGCUAUUUUUACAUAGUUGGCAAUGACAAUAGAAGUUACUUUUUAGGUUUGUAUCAUUUUAAUUUAGAUUUGGAUAGAAUUUUGAGUAACCACAUGACAAUGAUUUUGAGAUAAGAAGACGUUAUUAUAAAUUAAAUGAAACUGUUCCACGAAAAUGUGCAUAUGAAAACCAUAACUGGCACUCAGAUCUGUAGAAAUUGUAAGAAAAAUUGGCAUUCCACAUGAGAAAGGUUGCCAACUCCUCAUGUAGCCUAUUACCGGCAACUUCAGGAGAGUAAUGGCAGAAUCUGCGAAAGCCAGCCGGAAAUGGAGGAGAAUGGUCUAGUGAGGUUAAGGUUUUAGUCUUCUGGUUAUCUAGAUCUCUGGCUCCUUCUUGAGUAAUUUGUGUGUUAUUUCAUCAAACGGUAAGAUUAACGCAUCAGACAAGCUCAAUGCAUAUAGUUGAUUUUAUUAAAACACAUAGGGUGUGUCUAUAUAUGGAAAAAUACACAUUUAAAAAUGUUGACCAAUCGAUUGGUCGAAAGACGACUUUCGAAAGACGACUUUCGGGUCGACCAAGAUUUUCUUUAGUCUGGGAUAGCCCUAGUGUGGUGUGUAUAUACAUUAGCAGUCAAAAGCUUGGACACACUUACUCAUUCAAGGGUUUUUCUUUAUUUUUACUAUUUUUUACAUUGUAGAAUAAUAGUGAAGACAUCAAAACUAUGAAAUAACACAUAUGGAAUCAUGUAGUAACCAAAAAAAUGUAGUUUGUAUUUGAGAUUCUUCAAAUAUCCACCCUUUGCAUUGAUGACAGCUUUGCACACUCUUGGCAUUCUCUUGGCAGUCGCAAAAACCAUCAAGCGCUAUGAUGAAACUGGCUCUCAUGAGGACCACCACAGGAAUGGAAGACCCAGCGUUACCUCUGCUGCAGAGGAUAAGUUCAUUAGAGCUACCAGCCUCAGAAAUUGCAGCCCAAAUAAAUACUUCACAGAGUUCAAGUGACAGACACAUCUCAACAUCAACGGUUCAGAAUUGCUGCAAAGAAACCACUAUUAAAGGACACCAAUAAUAAGAGAGCUGCUUGGGCCAAGACACAUGAGCAAUGGACAUUAGACAGGUGGGAAUGUGUCCUUUGGUCUAGAGUCCAAAUUGGAGAUUUUUAGUUCCAACCGCCGUGUCUUUUUGAGACACGGUGUGGGUGAACGGAUGAUCUCUGCAUGUGUAGUUCCCACCGUAAAGCAUGGAGGAGGAGGUGUUAUGGUGUUUGGGUGCUUUGUUGGUGACACUGUCUGUGAUUUAUUUAGAAUUCAAGGAACACUUAACCAGCAUGGCUACGACAGCAUUCUGCAGCAAUACGCUAUAUCCCAUCUGGUUUGGGCUUAGUGGGACUAUCAUUUGUUUUUCAACAGCACAAUGACCCAACACACCUCCAGGCUGUGUAAAUGCUAUUUUACCAAGAAGGAGAGUGAUGGAGUGUUGCAUCAGAUGACCUGGCCUCCGCAAUCCCCCGACCUCAACCCAAAUGAGAUGGUUUCGGAUGAGUCGGACGGCAGAGUGAAGGAAAAGCAGCCAACAACUGCUAAGCAUAUGUGGGAACUCCUUCAAGACAGUUGGAAAAGUAGUCCAGGUGAAGCUGGUUGAGAGAAUGCCAAGAGUGUGCAAAGCUGUCAUCAAGGCAAAGGAUGGCUAUUUGAAGAAUGUCAAAUAAAAAAUAUAUUCUGAUUUGUUUAACACUUGUUUUGGUUACUACAUGAUUCCAUAUGUGUUAUUUCAUAGUUUUGAUGUCUUCACUAUUAUUCUACAAUGUAGAAAAUAGUAAAAAUAAAGAAAAACCCUUGAGUAGGCGUGUCCAAUCCUCUGACUAGUACUGUAGGUCUAGUUGCAUUUCAUAAAUCUGGGCAAAGGUUUGCUUUUGAAGGUUCAGAUCUCAGUAGUGGUAUUUUUAGCGGAUCUCAGUAGUGGUACUUUUAACAAUAGCAAUUAGCUAUUGUUAAAUCCAAGGGAAGGGAGGCAGUGUAAUUCCAGCUCCACAGUGUGUUGCAGUUCCUUUCAUUUCCAGAGGCCCUAUUAGCUUCCUGGGUCCCAGUUAGACCCCACACCAGGGCACUCUUAGCCCGUAAGUAGCUCCCUCUUUAUUUUGCAUAAGAUGAACAAUAAUGCACUGGAGUGAACCUUGGUUUUUCACCCCCCUCCAGAACAUAAUGGCCUGUAAUGUGGAAUUCCAAGGAUGCAGACACCUUGAAAAUAUGCCUGGCUUUGAAAUUGAGCCAGCCGGUGAAAGAGGUGGGAUACAUUAGCCCUUAAUGUCUUCGCCACAACUAAGCCCCCGUUGCUAAGAUAAUUAGCUUCAAGCCAGUAAAGGCUAUUACGGUCUUUCUUUCUCCCUGAACCUUUUCAUAUCUUUUCAGUCAUCUUAGUUAGUCUGAACUCAAUGUACAGAAUGUCGCUACUUCAACUCAACAACAAAAGAUGUCCAUUCUCAUGCUUAGAUGAAGGCCUUUUAGAUCAUGCUGAUGUUCAAGCCAGAGAGCAAUGCAUCGUGUUAACCAAGAUUUUGUCAUCCAGUUAAUGUGUACAUGAAAUACUGAGUAUACUCAUCCACUUGUGCUCUGAGCAAAGUAUAGCUAAUAGCUGCUGCCUCAUCUGAGAAGAUAAAAAGGGAACACAGCAAUAUGUUAGUGAUGGUGGGAGUGGAACCCUGAUGCAUUGAUGGAGGACUCUGAGAUCUCCAUGGGCCGGAGAUUUUUGAGCAAUCUCAUGAAUAAAAUAGUCAGAGACAGAUGCUCCACAAUCAGGCAAGGAGCAGGAUAGGACACUCUGAAAUGACCCUAAUGGGCAUCUAUAAGGUUGGAACUCCAGGAUCUGCAUAUGUCAGUGGCCCACAGACUCUGAUCGGUCUGAAAAGCACUGUGCAAAGUGACUGAGAUCAGAGAGCAUGUUAAACGCAGCAAUGAGGACAAAAUGGGGAUGAUCAAUGCCAAUGUAUGGCGAUAAAUGAGAGAGAUCAGUUUGAUUAAUGUUCAUAUACUGUACAGCUGAUAGAUAUCAAAGAUUUGCCAUGCCCGUGAUCACGGUUUAAUAAGAAAGUAUUUGCUCUAUUUGCCUAGGAAAUGCGGCUGCAUUUCUCUUCUGAGAUUGAUUAGAACCAGGCAUGCCAAGUCUGAAUCCUUCUGGAUGUUAGGGCAUAAGUGAAACCCAUAUGUCAGUUAUGCCUCCAAACUUCUCUCCCCUUCUGCACCUUCACUUUUCUUUUUCUUUUUUUCUACUCAAAUCAGGGAAAAUGCAGUGAAGCGAGAGAGGAACUCUGAGACAGAAAAUGAAAGAAACAUAUUCGAUUUCAUUACAGUUAUGAGCUUUCAUUAAGGUUUGUUCUCCCAUGUACCUGAGAAAUGGAGUAGUUUCAGUGAAAGCGGCUGGGAGUCCUCUAUUUCAGCUCAGCAGGGAUUUUUCUUUGGAACAAAAUCUCUGGCAUCAUUAUUACUUAUAUUAACAGUCCAGACUUGCCUAGGGCUCUCAAGAAUUUAGAUUUGCACUAUGAGGCACAGGUUGGGCUUUGUAUCACUCUGAAAAGUAAUGGGUUUUAUCACGGAAAUACUGGGUGGCUUUUUCAAUCAGCGCUACUCAGCUCAGAUGGCUUUACUUAUAGAAAAUACUUUUGGGGGAAGGGGGGGGGGGGGGGGGGGGGGUUGUGCGGAGGAGGGCGGGGAUGGGGGGGAGAGAAAGCUCCAAGACAAAUCAGUUUUUCAUCCUGUUUGUCACUGGACAUGGCCCAUAUCCCUGUAGUUUCAGUCGUGUGCAGGUAGAUCUGACAGGCCUGGUCACCUCAGCUUACCCACUCAUGUUAUCUCUUUCAGACCACAAACACUCUGCCAGUCCUGGACAUGCAGCUCAUUUGCAUAUGCAUAAGACCAUCAAUCAGGGUGUUUGAGUGGCCUGAAAGGAGACAAUUGAAGUGAUGUCAGUCUUGAAUUGCCACGCUGUACCUGCUGGCAUGCGAACAAUGCUGUGUUGCCAUAGAAACAGUUUCCUCGACAAAUGACCUUUCCUCCUCCUCUCUCCUAUUUCAGCACCUCGUUGAAAGGGGCUGCUGGCUCACAAGGCCUGCGUGUUUGUGGAUAUGUAAAGUGUGUGGACCAACACUGGGACUGAGGGAGAUGCCAGGCCAUGACUAAACUGUGUUUGUUAGGGAAAUGACCUUGUCUUUUUCUCCCUCAUUAAUCAAUGGAAACGUUGUGUUAAAACAUCUGGUCUGCAUCAUCAGUAUUGCACGCCUGUCUUUCUAUUCUCUUUUGGUUAAACAAAGAUCCAUAGAUCUAUUUGAGGGUUUGCAAAAUAGCUAAAGUCUUUUCAGUUUAGAAAUAUAAUUAAAAUGCCUUGUCAAACAACUUGUGUGAAAUCACCAUUAUCAUUCUAAUUGAAUAGUUUUUUUUUUCCAUCUUAGUGUGUGUGAAUAAGAAUGACCAUAUGUGACCCACCACCUUGAUUCGGUCUUAUGUAGCAAAAUUUGAAAUGGUGUAUUUUACAUUGGAUAAAGGUAGAGACUGAGCUAGGAAUUGUAUAUCAUACACUGCAGUUGAGGAACAAUAGGAAAGUAAUUCUGCUUUGAAAGUUGAUAAACUUGUAACCUCACUUUUGAGAAAAUGGCCCUUAGCCCCACCCCAUCUCUUUAAGGAUUCACAUGUGAAGCCAUGUGCUAAACAGAGUGAAUAAGAUAGUGUAGUGAACAACCAAAGAUUUGAAGACUAAAAGUGGUGAAAGUAGAAGCAAAAAGUAGUAGCAAAAAUACACUUUAUCUAGUCCUUAGCCUAUAUCCUAAUCUGACUUUGGUGCAGGUCAUGUUUUUCUUCACAUUACCGUCUCUGGUAAACAUACUAUAUCAAAUAAAGUCAAAGUUUAUUUGUCACAUGCACAAGAUACAGAAGGUGCAACGAAAUAGUUACUUGCAUAGUGGAGACUUUUGUUUAGACAUGUAGCAAGCUAGGUAGCUAAACAAUUAACCAUUAUCCCUACCCAUAAUACUAGCAAUACAAACUGAUUGUCAUAGCUUGCCACCAUGCAUAAAGCUGCAGGUAGCUAAAGCUAAACAACUAGGUUCAAUGGUAGCUAGCUAUCUAACAGUAGGCUAUAACUAGCAAUGCAAAUGGCUUUCUGAGAUACAAAUAAUAUUACUAAACAGAUCAUACACAAAACGUUAGUUAGCGAGCCAGCCAGCUAACAGUAUGCUUGAACUUGCAAUGAAAAUUACUUUCUGACAAAAUUAGAAACGUAUAAUAUCUGAAAAUGUAGCUAGACUCUUACCCUAAUACAUGGAUGAACGCUUCUCCCUCUGUCAUGGAUGCCAUGGUUGCCCUUAGAUUGAAGAUGUAAUCCGGAGACAGGUGUUUUAUACAACAGCCUUCUGUGUUCUCUUUUCGACUCCCUCCGCAUUUGCAAUCAUAAUCUGCUUUCAUCGGGCAUUCCAAUGAUUUCAAAACUCGGUCAACAUCUUCCAUGACAACAACACUGUUGGUUGCCGUUUCUUCCCCAUCACUGUCAUCCAAAGACUCUACAAUUUCCGAUUAAUUUUCAGUCAGAGAGAGUCAGCAUGGCAAGAUCAUCCUCCAGAAAGUAGUCCAUCACAACUUUUUUUAUACUGAUCUUUGUCGAUAGCGCCUGUUAAAUUCAGGGCAGAAAUGUUGAGAGCAGUAGCAACACUUUUGCAGUUCUCCAUGAUAUCUUUCAAAAAAGCAGCAGUGGCAAGGAUUAUCUACACAUACUGAGCAGCUCAUGUUAUAGACAGAAGUGGGAAGGUUCCUGUCUUCUUCCGUGACUAAACCAACUAGGCUCGUAAAUUAAAAAAUAUUUACAGAUGGCAUACAAGUUUGUUAUUAAGGCACAUGAAAGUUCACAUGAUCCAGAAGGCAUUUCUGCCCCAAAAUAAAUGUUAAUGAAAAAAAUGUUUACGUUCAAAUGCCUCUCCUGUGAAGUAGUAACAUGCGACAUUACAUUUACAUUUACGUCAUUUAGCAGACGCUCUUAUCCAGAGCGACUUACAAAUAGGUGCAUUCACCUUAUAGCCAGUGGGAUAACCACUUUACAAUGUGUUUUUUUUGUUUUUGUUUUUUUUGGGGGGGGUUGGAGUAAAGGGGGGGGGGUAGAAGGAUUACUUUAUCCUAUCCCAGGUAUUCCUUAAAGAGGUGGGGUUUCAAAUGUCUCCGGAAGGUGGUGAGUGACUCCGCUGUCCUGGCGUCGUGAGGGAGCUUGUUCCACCAUUGGGGUGCCAGAGCAGCGAACAGUUUUGACUGGGCUGAGCGGGAACUAUGCUUCCGCAGAGGUAGGGGAGCCAGCAGGCCAGAGGUGGAUGAACGCAGAGCCCUCGUUUGGGUGUAGGGACUGAUCAGAGCCUGAAGGUACGGAGGUGCCGUUCCCCUCACAGCUCCGUAGGCAAGCACCAUGGACUUGUAGCAGAUGCGAGCUUCAACUGGAAGCCAGUGGAGUGUGCGGAGGAGCGGGGUGACAUGAGAGAACUUGGGAAGGUUGAACACCAGACGGGCUGCUGCAUUCUGGAUGAGUUGUAGGGGUUUAAUGGCACAGGCAGGGAGCCCAGCCAACAGCGAGUUGCAGUAAUCCAGACGGGAGAUGACAAGUGCCUGGAUUAGGACCUGUGCCGCUUCCUGUGUAAGGCAGGGUCGUACUCUCCGAAUGUUGUAGAGCAUGAACCUACAGGAUCGGGUCACCGCCUUGAUGUUAGCGGAGAACGACAGGGUGUUGUCCAGGGUCACGCCAAGGCACUUCGCACUCUGGGAGGAGGACACAACGGAGUUGUCAACCGUGAUGGCGAGAUCAUGGAACGGGCAGUCCUUCCCCGGGAGGAAGAGCAGCUCCGUCUUGCCGAGGUUCAGCUUGAGGUGGUGAUCCGUCAUCCAUACUGAUAUGUCUGCCAGAUAUGCAGAGAUGCGAUUCGCCACCUGGUUAUCAGAAGGGGGAAAGGAGAAGAUUAGUUGUGUGUCGUCAGCGUAGCAAUGAUAGGAGAGGCCAUGUGAGGAUAUGACAGAGCCAAGUGACUUUGUGUAUAGCGAGAAUAGGAGAGGGCCUAGAACUGAGCCCUGGGGGACACCAGUGGUGAGAGCACGUGGUGCGGAGACAGCUUCUCGCCACGCCACUUGGUAGGAGCGACCGGUCAGGUAGGACGCAAUCCAAGAGUGAGCCGCGCCGGAGAUGCCCAGCUCGGAGAGGGUGGAGAGGAGGAUCUGAUGGUUCACAGUAUCAAAGGCAGCAGACAGGUCUAGAAGGACAAGAGCAGAGGAGAGAGAGUUAGCUUUAGCAGUGCGGAGAGCCUCUGUGACACAGAGAAGAGCAGUCUCAGUUGAAUGACCAGUCUUGAAACCUGACUGGUUUGGAUCAAGAAGGUCAUUCUGAGAGAGAUAGCAAGAGAGUUGGCUAAAGACGGCACGCUCAAUAGUUUUGGAGAGAAAAGAAAGAAGGGAUACUGGUCUGUAGUUGUUGACAUCAGAGGGAUCGAGUGUUGGUUUUUUGAGAAGGGGUGCAACUCUCGCUCUCUUGAAGACGGAAGGGACAUAGCCAGCGUUCAAGGAUGAGUUGAUCAGCGAGGUGAGGUAAGGGAGAAGGUCACCGGAGAUGGUCUGGAGAAGAGAGGAGGGGAUAGGGUCAAGCGGGCAGGUUGUUGGGCGGCCAUAAGCCUAGCUUCCUGAAACGGGUCACAUACACUACAUGACCAAAAGUAUGUUGACAUCUGCUCGUCGAACAUCUCAUUCCAAAAUCAUGGGCAUUAAUAUGGAGUUGGUCCCCCCUUUGCUGCUAUAACAGCCUCCACUCUUCUGGGAAGGCUUUCCACUAGAUGUUGGAACAUUGCUAAGGGGACUUGCUUCCAUUCAGCCACAAAAGCAUUAGUGAGGUCGGGCACUGAUGUUGGGCGAUUAGGCCUGGCUCGCAGUCAGCGUUCCAUUUAAUCCCAAAGGUGUUCGAUGGGGUUGGGGUCAGGUCUCUGCGCAGGCCAGUCAAGUUCUUCCACACUGAUCUCGAUAAACCAUUUCUGUAUGGACCUCGCUUUGUGCACCGGGGUAUUGUCAUGCUGAAAUAGGAAAGGGCCUUCCCCAAACUGUUGCCACAAAGUUGGAAGCACAGAAUUGUCUAGAAUGUCAUUGUAUGCUGUAGCGUUAAGAUUUCCCUUCACUGGAACUAAGGGGCCUACCCCAAACCAUGAAAAACAGCCCAAUACCAUUAUUCCUCCUCCACCAAACUAUGCAUUUGGGGCAGAUAGCAUUCUCCUGGCAUCCGCAAACCCAGAUUUGUCUGUCGGACUGCCAGAUGGUGAAGCAUGAUUAAUAAGUUCAGAGAACGCAUUUCCACUGCUCCAGAGUCCAAUGGCAGCGAGCUUUACAUCACUCCAGCCAACGCUUGGCACUGCGCAUGGUGAUCUUAGGCUUGAGUGCAGCUGCUUUCAUGAAGCUCCCGACGAACAGUUAUUGUGCUGACGUUGCUUCCAGAGGCAGUUUGGAACUCGGUAGUGAGUAUUGCAACCGAGGACAGACAAUUUUUACAUGCUACACGUUUCAGUACUCGGUGGUCACGUCCUGUGAGCUUGUGUGGCCUAGGAGCCGUUGUUGCUCCUAGACUUUCCACUUUACAAUAACAGCACUUACAGUUGACAGGUGCAGCACUAGCAGGGCAGAAAUUUUGCAAACUGGCUUGUUGGAAAGCUGGCAUCCUAUGCUCUUCUGUAAGGCCAUUCUACUGCCAAUGUUUGUCUAUGGAGAUUGCAUGGCUACGUGUUCGAUUUUAUACACCUGUCAGCAACGGGUGUGGCUGAAAUAGCCAAAUCCAUUCAUUUGAAGGGGUGUCCACAUACUUUUCUAUAUACGGUGCAUUCGGAAAGUAUUGAGACCCCUUCACUUUUUCCACAUUUUGUUAUGUUACAGCCUUAUUCUAAAAUGGAUUAAAUAAAACAUUUUCCUCAUCAAUCUACACACAAUACCCCAUAAUAACAAAGCAAACACUGUUUUAUUUAUUUAUUUGUGAACAUUUAUUGAAAACAAAAACCAGAAAUAUCUUAUUUAAAUAAGGAUUCAGACCCUUUGCUAUGAGACUAAAUAUUGAGCUCAAGUGAAUCCUGUUUCCACUGAUCAUCCUUGACAUGUUUCUACAACUUGAUUGGAGUCCACCUGUGGUAAAUUCAAUUGAUUGAACAUGAUUUGGAAAGGCACACACCUGUCUAUAUAAGGUCCCACAGUUGACAGUGCAUGUCAGAGCAAAAACCAAGCCAUGAGGUCGAAAUAAUUGUCUGUAGAGCUCAGAGACAGGAUUGCGUCAAGGCAAAGAUCUGAGGAAGGGUUCCAAAACAUUUCUACAGCGUUGAAGGUACCCAAGAACACAGUGGCCUCCAUCAUUCUUAAAUGGAAGAAGUUUGGAACCACCAAGACUCUUCCUAGAGCUGGCCGCCCGGCCAAACUGAGCAAUUAGGGGGAGAAGAGCCUUGGUCAGGGAGGUGACCAAGAACCCGAUGGUCACUCUGACAGAGCUCCAGAGUUCCUCUGUGGAGAUGGGAGAACCUUCCAGAAAGACAACCAUCUCAGCAGCACUCCACAAAUCAGGCCUUUAUGGUAGAGUGACCAGACGGAAGCCACUCCUCAGUAAAAGGCACAUGACAGCCAGCUUGGAGUUUGCCAAUAGGCACCUAAAGAAUCUCAGACCAUGAGAAACAAGAUUCUUUAGUCUGAUUAAACCAAGAUGGAACUCUUUGGCCUGAGUGCCAAGUGUCACGUCUGGAGGAAACCUAGCACCAUCCCUACGGUGAAGCAUGGUGGUAGCAGCAUCAUGUUGUGGGGAUGUUUUCGGUGGCAGGGACGGGGAGACUAUUCAGGAUCGAGGUAAAGAUGAACGGAGCAAAGUACAGAGAGAUCCUUGUUGAAAACCUGCUCCAGAGUGCUCUGGACCUCAGACUGGGGCGAAGGUUUACCUUCCAACAGGACAACAACCCUAAGCACACAGCGAAGACGACGCAGGAGUGGCUUCGGGACAAGUCUCUGAAUGUCCUUGAGUGGCCCAGACAGAGCCCAGACUUGAACCCAAUCUAACAUUUCUGGAGAGACCUGAAAAAAGCUGUGCAGCGACGCUCCCCAUCCAACCUGACAGAGCUUGAGAGGAUCUGCAGAGAAGAAUGGGAGAAACUCUCCAAAUACAGGUGUGCCAAGCUUGUACAGUGGGGAAAAAAAGUAUUUAGUCAGCCACCAAUUGUGCAUGUUCUCCCACUUAAAAAGAUGAGAGAGGCCUGUAAUCUUCAUCAUAGGUACAAGUCAACUAUGACAGACAAAAUGAGGAAAAAAAAUCCAGAAAAUCACAUUGUAGGAUUUUUUAUGAAUUUAUUUGCAAAUUAUGGUGGAAAAUAAGUAUUUGGUCAAUACUUUGUUAUAUACCCUUUGUUGGCAAUGACACAGGUCAAACGUUUUCUGUAAGUCUUCACAAGGUUUUCACACACUGUUGCUGGUAUUUUGGCCCAUUCCUCCAUGCAGAUCUCCUCUAGAGCAGUGAUGUUUUGGGGCUGUCACUGGGCAACACGGACUUUCAACUCUCUCCAAAGAUUUUGUAUGGGGUUGAGAUCUGGAGACUGGCUAGGCCACUCCAGGACCUUGAAAUGCUUCUUACGAUGCCACUCCUUCGUUGCCCGGGCGGUGUGUUUGGGAUCAUUGUCAUGCUGAAAGACCCAGCCACGUUUCAUCUUCAAUGCCCUUGCUGAUGGAAGGAGGUUUUCACUCAAAAUCUCACGAUACAUGGCCCCAUUCAUUCUUUCCUUUACACGGAUCAGUCGUCCUGGUCCCUUUGCAGAAAAACAGCCCCAAAGCAUGAUGUUUCCACCCCCAUGCUUCACAGUAGGUAUGGUGUUCUUUGGAUGCAACUCAGCAUUCUUUGUCCUCCAAACACGACUUGUUGAGUUUUUACCAAAAAGUUCUAUUUUGGUUUCAUCUGACCAUAUGACAUUCUCCCAAUCCUCUUCUGGAUCAUCCAAAUGCACUCUAGCAAACUUCAGACGGGCCUGGACAUGUACUGGCUUAAGCAGGGGGACACGUCUGGCACUGCAGGAUUUGAGUCCCUGGCGGCGUAGUGUGUUACUGAUGGUAGGCUUUGUUACUUUGGUCCAAGCUCUCUGCAGGUCAUUCACUAGGUCCACCCGUGUGGUUCUGGGAUUUUUGCUCACCGUUCUUGUGAUCAUUUUGACCCCACGGGGUGAGAUCUUGCGUGGAGCCCCAGAUCGAGGGAGAUUAUCAGUGGUCUUGUAUGUCUUCCAUUUCCUAAUAAUUGCUCCCACAGUUGAUUUCUUCAAACCAAGCUGCUUACCUAUUGCAGAUUCAGUCUUCCCAGCCUGGUGCAGGUCUACAAUUUUGUUUCUGGUGUCCUUUGACAGCUCUUUGGUCUUGGCCAUAGUGGAGUUUGGAGUGUGACUGUUUGAGGUUGUGGACAGGUGUCUUUUAUACUGAUAACAAGUUCAAACAGGUGCCAUUAAUACAGGUAACGAGUGGAGGACAGAGGAGCCUCUUAAAGAAGAAAUUACAGGUCUGUGAGAGCCAGAAAUCUUGCUUGUUUGUAGGUGACCAAAUACUUAUUUUCCACCAUAAUUUGCAAAUAAAUUCAUAAAAAAUCCUACAAUGUGAUUUUCUUUCAAUUUGUCUGUCAUAGUUGACGUGUACCUAUGAUGAAAAUUACAGGCCUCUCUCAUCUUUUUAAGUGGGAUAACUUGCACAAUUGGUGGCUGACUAAAUACUUUUUUUCCCCACUGUAGCGUCACACCCAAGAAGACUCGAGGCUGUAAUAGCUGCCAAAGGUGCUUCAACAAAGUACUUAGUAAAGGGUCUGAAUUCUUAUGUAAAUGUGAUAUUUCAGUUAUUUGUAUUUUUAUAAAUUUUCCCAAAAAAAUCUAAAAACCUGUUUUUGCUUUGUCAUUAUGGGGUAUUGUGUGUAGAUUGAUGAGGGAAAAAAACUAUUUAAUCAAGGCGUCGGAAUACUUUCCGAACGCACUGUACAUGUAUAUUGUAUUAGAAGAUUAUACUUAAGCAGUAAGGCACGCAAGGCAGUGCUGUAUCAUGAAUACAGUCACUGGUAAAUGACAUUGUUCGGCCCAACGUGAUAGUGGAGGGCCAGUCAACCCAUUGCCCUCGCGUGCCUUAUUGCUUUUAGAAAACUCUUACCAAAAUAUUCAAAUAACAAUGAAUUACAUAUUUUCAUUAAAAUGACAAUUCAUACAAUUUCAUUCCAGACAAAAAUUGGGUUGUUAGUUAUUUUGGUUCAUGUUGCUACAGAUGCGACCCAGUCGUUAAUUAUUUUUGCAUAGUUGCUAUGCAAAAAGACUGGUCGUCCGUUCUAAACAAAAUAGUUGCUAUGCAGGCAGGAUAAUGGUCUUGUCGCUUGCUAGCCAACUUCAGCUAACUCACCCACGUCAAAAAUGUAACCUGGAAUGACAGUACACUGUCUGCAUUUUCGUUUGUUUGAUCUUUUUUUCUAUUGGCGUUUAAUUGGAUCCAUGAUAAUGACAUUGAUGCGUGAUUUCGACUGGCUCAGAAAAAGCUGUCUCGUCUCACCUGGGCACCGUUCACUCUAUGUAUGGUACUACAGAGAUCAAAAUACCAAAGUACCAAACUAAAUGCUAGGCUGGAAGCAAGGGGAAAUAAUGUGUGCGUUGAGAUAAAUACAAGAGAUGAUUCGGACAGCAACGUGAACAUGAUAUUCUUAUGGAGGUUAAGUGAUAAUUUUCAGAUGGAACUGUUAGCCGGCAUAGGUGUGUCUGUGACGGCCAAUACAGCAUGGCUUGGAACACUGCUCGUACAAUCAGCAUCCAGGAUCCAAACAACCAGUUUUAUAAAGUACAGUACAGCACAUUACAAAGAAUCCUGACUGAUGGUAGUUGUGCUGUCUUCUUGCUCACCCACUCAGCCUACGUGGAGCUGGCCCCCAUCGGCAUCAGCUAUUUCCUGUCAGGUAUGCACUACACAGGUACAGUGGGGAGAACAAGUAUUUGAUACACUGCCGAUUUUGCAGGUUUUCCUACUUACAAAGCAUGUAGAGGUCUGUAAUUUUUAUCAUAGGUACACUUCAACUGUGAGAGAUGGAAUCUAAAACAAAAAUCCAGAAAAUCACAUUGUAUGAUUUUUAAGUAAUUAAUUUGCAUUUGAUUGCAUGACAUAAGUAUUUGAUACAUCAGAAAAGCAGAACUUAAUAUUUGGUACAGAGACCUUUGUUUGCAAUUACAGAGAUCGUACGUUUCCUGUAGGUCUUGACCAGGUUUGCACACACUGCAGCAGGGAUUUUGGCCCACUCCUCCAUACAGACCUUCUCCAGAUCCUUCAGGUUUCGGGGCUGUCGCUGGGCAAUACGGACUUUCAGCUCCCUCCAAAGAAUUUCUAUUGGGUUCAGGUCUGGAGACUGGCUAGGCCACUCCAGGACCUUGAGAUGCUUCUUACGGAGCCACUCCUUAGUUGCCCUGGCUGUGUGUUUCGGGUCGUUGUCAUGCUGGAAGACCCAGCCACGACCCAUCUUCAAUGCUCUUACUGAGGGAAGGAGGUUGUUGGCCAAUAUCUUGCGAUACAUGGCCCCAUCCAUCCUCCCCUCAAUACGGUGCAGACGUCCUGUCCCCUUUGCAGAAAAGCAUCCCCAAAGAAUGAUGUUUCCACCUCCACGCUUCAUGGUUGGGAUGGUGUUCUUGGGGUUGUACUCAUCCUUCUUCUUCCUCCAAACACGGCGAGUGGAGUUUAGACCAAAAAGCUAUAUUUUUGUCUCAUCAGACCACAUGACCUUCUCCCAUUCCUCCUCUGGAUCAUCUAGAUGGUCAUUGGCAAACUUCAGACGGGCCUGGACAUGCGCUGGCUUGAGCAGGGGGACAUUGCAUGUGCUGCAGGAUUUUAAUCCAUGACGGCAUAGUGUGUUACUAAUGGUUUUCUUUGAGACUGUGGUCCCAGCUCUCUUCAGGUCAUUGACCAGGUCCUGCCGUGUAGUUCUGGGCUGAUCCCUCACCUUCCUCAUGAUCAUUGAUGCCCCACGAGGUGAGAUCUUGCAUGGAGCCCCAGACCGAGGGUGAUUGACCGUCAUCUUGAACUUGAAUUUUCUAAUAAUUGCUCCAACAGCUGUUGCCUUCUCACCAAGCUGCUUGCCUAUUGUCCUGUAGCCCAUCCCAGCCUUGUGCAGGUCUACAAUUUUAUCCCUGAUGUCCUUACACAGCUCUCUGGUCUUGGCCAUUGUGGAGAGGUUGGAGUCUGUUUGAUUGAGUGUGUGGACAGGUGUCUUUUAUACAGGUAACGAGUUCAAACAGGUGCAGUUAAUACAGGUAAUGAGUGGAGAACAGGAGUGCUUCUUAAAGAAAAACUAACAGGUCUGUGAGAGCCGGAAUUCUUACUGGUUGGUAGGUGAUCAAAUACUUAUGUCAUGCAAUAAAAUGCAAAUUAAUUACUUAAAAAUCAUACAAUGUGAUUUUCUGGAUUUUUGUUUUAGAUUCCAUCUCUCACAGUUGAAGUGUACCUAUGAUAAAAAUUACAGACCUCUACAUGCUUUGUAAGUAGGAAAACCUGCAAAAUCGGCAGUGUAUCAAAUACUUGUUCUCCCCACUGUAUGUGCCACAGCCAUACUGGACCUGUAUUCUCUGCACCUGCCUUGGGGACAUAUACAGGUUUGACCCUCCUACUGUACCCCCUCUCUCUUACUGUACCUGUUGUGUACCAGUGAAGAUUCCUCCAGUGUCCAGUCCCAAAUAACCAAACCAACUCCCCUUACUCCUUCUGUGGGUGGAUGUAGAUAAUCUUCAAACAGUUUGUUGUUUGCUUAUCAAUAAUGUUUGCAUUUAGCUUGUGUUCAUGUUUGUAUCAUGCCUGUGUUAAAUGUUAUAAUAUAUCAUACACAUCUUACCUCAUACUAAUAUCUAACUUUCACAAUUAUACAGUGUCUUGUCUUGAAAUCCCAGGGCGUUCAAUCUGAAAAUAUGAUCUGUGCACAGUCAUCUCAUAUUCUGCUUGUCUGUACAGUAUACACAGGUCCACGUCGAUCAUGAUUAAUUUAUCCUUUAUGAUUGCUAUUUCCGUUGUUAUCCUUUGAUACUACAAAUAUCCGCUCAUGAUGUCUUAAAGGCACAGUACAGUACACAACCCAUGUGCUGUCCUUGCUAAGACCUUCCUUUUAAUGUUGUUCAUUAUUAAUUCAAUGCAGUUAUCUAAUGAGCUCUUGUUAUUAAUUGAAUUCCUACUUUUCAGCUGAUUGCAAGAGAUUGCAUCCGCAGCGUUGUUUUAAUUAGUGCAGCAAAACGUAUUGGUUGAGCAUGACCUUUUGCUCAAUUUCUUAUUCUGGAGCUGAAACCUAAUUGGGCCUCUGUUAUUUUAUUGACUCACUGUUGUACUUUUAAUUUCAGGUAAUUGUUUUUGUCACUACACUAUUGUCUACUCUACACAACUUGUGUGGAUUACUCAUAGGUCUUCCUCUGACUUGCUGUCUCAACACAUAGUUGAAGUGCCUUAUUAAGGGGUUGUUGAUUCGAUGCUGUUGUACUUGUUGAUUAGCUGCUGUUGUACUUCUACAAGCAGUAGGAGUGGUGGAAGUUGCAGUUUUCACAUUGACAUGCAGCACUGCUGCAGCUAUGCUUUCUCCAUAUAUUACUCAGAACCCCCAUCUUUUCCCUUCUGCCAUGAACACACACACCUGGUGAUGGCUCCUUUGUGAUUGUGUCCGAAAAUCUUUUUUUAGAGCAGAGUUAUAUUCCAUGUUACUGCUGAAGCAUUUCCCUUGCCACAAAGCUUCAUAUAAUACUACCGCUUUAAUGAUGGAAUCAUCAACAGAAACAAAAGCAAAGUGGGCACCCCACCUGUGCUUUCCUAAAAAGCUGAGGGAUGGGCCUGGAGAAAUGUAACCACUCUCAAAUUCAAAUCGAGAUCUAUGUAUGCAAGGACUGACCAUCCAUGAAAAGAAUAUUCUUAACUAUUUUGUAACUAUUUUAUAUUUGAUGUUUUGAGGCUAUAAAGUGUUUGUUUACAUUUACUUUGUUUCGAAACAUUAGAGUAUAACAAGCUUAUAUUUAGGGUUGUAAUGGGGUAUGACAGUUGCACUAAGCUCAUGAGGCAUUUAUAAGUUAUAUUCUUCAUGAAUCAAUGCGUAUAUAUCAUUAAUUUAUAUGUCCAAAAAUGGAUGUAACAACUAAGGAUUCUAGCUUCAACAUUAUUGUAUUUUUUAUUCCUUGUACUCACUCCUCCUCCACACCAUGACCUUUCUUUAUUCACCCUCGUUUUCAAUUAAUCCUCUUCAAGCCACAGGGUAUUUUGGCGAUGUUGUCAUAAUAACCUGGGCCAUUGCUAUAUCUCUGUUAUGUCUAAUUUCUCUCUAUUUUACAUUUCUCUGACCAUGGAACAGGAGCAUCCACCGGUCAGCCAAAUGUGUCAUAAUGAAAAUUACAUUUCUGGUCCAUUUCCCCCCAUUAAUUUAAUUGCUUAUCUUCAGAACUGCAUAGUUGAGCAGUGUUUCCGCUGCAGUCAUUUAACUGUGGCGCUGCGCCAUUGGCAAAAUCAUUGCUGUCACGGCAAAGAAAUUGGCAAACAUGUAUUCUGAGAAGCAGUCAAUGCACAACUAUUCUUGCAAUUGCGGGGAAAACAGUAGUUUUAAUGGCCUUUGUUAAAAAGAAGGGGAUCCAAGCUUUCCAUUACUGCUUUGUUUAUUUCUCAACUUCGAAAUAUGCUCGAACUGCACCCUUUUAAAACCGGAGUUAUUAGCAGCGGCAUGGUUAAGCACCUUUCCAAUCCGCAAUUCACCAUGAGUGCAUAGGGGACAGUGGGGCUAAAUGUAACACAGAUCAAUUGUAGGGUAACUUGGGGUAAAACGUCACCCUAGCUCUAAAUCCUUUUUUAUAAUAUAAUAAUAAUAUGCCAUUUAGCAGACGCUUUUAUCCAAAGCGACUUACAGUCAUGCGUGCAUACAUUUUUUGUGUAUGGGUGGUCCCGGGGAUCGAACCCACUACCUUGGCGUUACAAGCGCCGUGCUCUACCAGCUGAGCUACAGAGGACUUAAAAAAUAGUGAUGAGACGGAUUAAAUUUUUUGUUGAGCAAGAGUAGUGGCAACCAGGGGAAGUGUUGGGGGGGAAAUGGUGACGAAGUGGUUUCUGUGAGAAGUACAGGCAGGGGGCGUGUUAACCCAAGUUACUCUAACUAGAUUAUAUUCACUGUGUUUAUGAACGAUUUUUUGGGACAUAAAAUUCAUCAAUAGGAUGCUAAUUAGUUAAAAGAUCGCAUUUGGGAUCUAGCUAAUGAUUCGCCUAAUAGCAUACCUUAUAAUAUGGACCAUGCAUAGGCUAUAUGCAUGGUCUAAUAUGUAAGAAAAUAUGUUAUAGGGCUAAUUUCUGGUGGUGGAAAUUAUGUGUUGCCAGCAUACAUUUAUUUUCAUUCAUUUUGGAGUAGUAUGUCCUUUUAAAAAAGUCACCAGAACAGAGCUUCUCAAUCCUUCUACAUAAAACAUUUCCAGGGUGACCCCUGGAAUUUCUAAUACAGCUCUUUGUAGAUGACAACACUGACAUAGUGUGGGGACUGAGCUUGCAUAUGAUGCCCUUUAUCUGAGAUGCUGUUUUUAAAGAAAUGCAAACAUUUCAGCAAACAUUAACACAUCUAAAUGUCACUUCUCUUUUUAAACCUGCUUCAGCCUGCCUCAAGAAACCUCUCAGAAUAAUAUGCAUACACAUACAGCAUCUACCCACCCCUCCUGCUCUGGGUGUAACUGGGUUGUUGCUGUUCUCAGGGAGCUUCACACUGGCGGAGCUGGGAGUGAGUGACCAACAGGCCCAGCACCAGCACCAGCACCAGACCCAGCACCAGCACCAGGCUGCCUACCACUCCUCCCACUCGGAGCUGGGCCUGCUUCAGCUGGGCUACUCCCUCAGCGCCGGCUCUGACGCAGACUCUGACCCGGAGGAGGUCAUGUCGCCGGAGCGUGCCGUCCAGCUGUGGGGGGGUCAUGGGAUCAAGUCCCAUCGCAGCUCCGGCCUCUUCAGCAGGGAAAACUCAGCCCUCACACUCACCGACUCAGACAACGAACACCAGUCUGACGACGAGUCAGGUAGGACAGACAGAAAGAGAGAAAGAGGUGGGGAGGGAUUGGGGGAGUGGAGAAAGAGAAAUGGAGAGAGAGGCUGAGGGAGUAAGGGGUAGCUGAGACUGAAACCAACAGAGAAAUGUAGUGAGGGUGGGUGUCAUGUAAAAUUGAUGAAGAGAGACACAAAGAGACAGAGCUCCUUGGAAGUGCACUUGCAGAUUUUUGAUGCACAUGUUUUUCUUGACUUAAAAUGUAUGUCAGUGCUACCAAGCCAGUCUGGCUGAAUGUCACUGAACACUAGUGCUGAGCAAUUAACCAAAAUGUCUGUUAUUUUUCAUUUUUUAAACAACUACUCAACCAAGGUCAGUUCAAUUAUUUGAAUUCCAUUUCGUUCAUUUUUUUCUGUGAGUGCAAUGCGCAGUUUCUCUAGAGAUAAAUCAGAUCAAGCCCGAACUGUGCAAUGUAGUAGGGAGUUGUAGUUUCCAACAUGCCAAUAUUCUACAUAGUUUAGCGCAGAAAACGUGGUAAUUAACUACAACGACCAUAAUCCAUUGCGCACCUACUUGUCCGGUCUGAGACGGAGAGAAGAGACAGAAGAACGGGCGAUCGAGAGGGAUACAGAGCAUUUGCUUCAUGAGCUAUCUCUACCUGAAAAAACAUGUUGUAAGAUUGAUAGUUGGUGUUCAGUCAUAACAGUAUCCCUAAUAUACUUUGAAGAACUACUAAAAUAGUGAUUUUGUCAGACAGCAUAGGCAGCAGCUCUAUAGAGAUGAGAUGAUGACUUGGAAUUAAACAAUAAAGCCAUCAUAUAGGCCUAAAACAAAUGUAAUAUAUACAACAACUGAAAUAUUUUAUUAAAUUAAAGUCAUGUGAAUAAAUUAUGGUUAAUAAGUGAUAAGCAGUAAUGGGCAUUCACUACCAUCAUGGGACUUGUAUUAAUUGUUUUAUUCUGUGUUGUUACAGCAUUCAACCCACAUAAUGGUUAGUGCAUUUAAUGUCAAUUUUUUUUAUCAAAACCGAAAAAUCAGAAAACGGUAAUCAUUUUUAAAUAAUCGACCCGAAACCGAACCGACCUCAAAAAGCACCAAUCGCUCAACACUACUGAACACGGUCUCAGUAACUAAAUUCACCAAUCAGAAGUGUUUUUGAAUGGACCCAGAGCAAUAGAGCCACCAACACUGGAUCCUGAUCAGGACUUUGAUCAGAUUAAGUCCUGGACACGAUCUCUCCCACUGUGCUGAGGCAGUCAGCCGUGCUGCUCUGAUUGACAGAGUCUCUUAGAGAUCAGCUCUUUUCCUCCUUCUCUGUCUCUUCCUCCCUCUAUCCCGCUGGCUUCUUCUCCGCUAGCCGUCUCUCUGAAACCAUCACCACACACAGAGAGAGCAUGCUACUGUAGAGCAUACCAGCCCCACUCUGACUCUCAUUUCUCACUAACGUCCUAGCAGUAUGCCUACUAGGAUGGCAAUGAUUUUGUGAUUGCUGCCAAUGAGAAUAUUAAUUUGAGUGAAAUUAUAGUGUUUUCCUCUGGUCCCUUCUCCUCCAUCUCUUCUCCCUGUGUUUACCUGGGCAUCGGGGGUUUGUGUAUGUUAAAUGAUCUGUCGUGUUCUUUGCACUCUGAGCUUGGCAGUAAUGGCAGGUUUUAGAGGAGAGGUGUUGUAGUUGGAUUCUGAUUAGUGUUUGAACACGCGUUUGUCUACCUGAUUAUAUACGUGGUUGUAAUUUCUAGACAAUGGAAGAUGAUCCCGUUGUUUGAUUCUGUUAGAGCUCUGUGAGUGUGGGGGCAUGAGGACGCAUGCUGUGGUCUCCCCGUAGGUGUCGCGCAUCACGUCUCGCGCCACCCGGCUCACGCUGCAAAUUACGUGGUGCUGAUUUCCACUGGGGAAUCAUCUGCAUUGUUCACAGUACAAUAUGCAUCAGGGAGUGCUCACAAGCCUUUGUUUUCCAUAAAAGGGUUAUUUUUCAGUGUGAAAGCCAGAAAUUAAAUCCCUGCGUCCUCCAUCCACCCUAGCCUAUAAGUUAUCUUAGAGCAGAUCCCCAUGCACGGCGCUGCAUGAUCCAUUUUAAUAUGCCUUUUUUAUAGAUUGGUUCGUAAAGUGUUUGUGUAGAUUGAAUUAAAUGCGCACGCAGCAAGACUCCAGACACUAAUGUAUUCUCACCAUGGGAGCUAAUUAAUAAGGACAGCGAAACGAGCGUUCGAUUUGAUCAAGAGACCACAGGAUGACUAGCGCUAGCAGUAGAGUGCAGAGGACUGUGUUUGUCCUGUGUGUGAGGCGAGGCAGGGCGAGGCGAGGGGGGCACUGUCUCUCUCAGUUCUGCUCAUUAUCACCUUACUGUGUUUUAUGGUUGUUUUUGGGUCAGGGGGGUCUUUUGGCGAACACAGCUGAGAUUAACUGAACCACAGUGCUGUCGUCACCAUGCCCAGCGACUGACUCCAAGUGACUCCCCUUCAUCUGGCCUGUCAGAGUGUCACAGACUUCUGUUGGCCCUCUAGCUCCUCCACAGCGCCUGCUGCCUCGCCUCGCUCUCGCCCGCUGCCUUCUGGGAGCUGUGCCUCUGUGCCAGAGACGCAGUGAGAGAGGGCCCUGCACACACGCCAAAGCGGAAUAA